GUUGGCACUGUGUAGCUCUGGCUGGAAUGCUGUCAACUUAUGUCACUGUUGGUGUUACAUAUCCUUGAACACCUGGUGGAGGGAGUGUUUGUCCAUUUUCUAAAAAAAGCCUCUGAGCACAUAUGGCUGGCAUUUUGCGCUCAGUAUUUCAGAAGCCUCCAGGCAGACUGCAGACUGUGGAAAAAGGUGUGGAAUCUCUCAUUGGUACGGAUUGGAUUCGUCACAAAUUUACCAGGUCAAGGAUUCCAGAUAAAGUGUUUCAGCCUAGACCUGAAGAUCAUGAAAAAUACGGCGGGGACCCCGACCACCCUCAUAAACUGCACGUUGUCACAAGAAUAAAAAGUACAAAAAGGCGUCCGUACUGGGAAAAAGAGACGAUCAAGAUGCUUGGGCUACAGAAGGCGCACAGCCCUCAAAUUCACAAGAACAUCCCUUCAGUGAACGCGAAGUUGAAAGUGGUUCAGCACUUGGUACGCAUCCAGCCCCUGAAGCUGCCUCAGGGCCUUCCCACGGAAGAGACCAUGUCUAGCACGUGCCUCAAGAGCACCGGGGAACUGGUAGUACAGUGGCAUCUGAAGCCUGUGGAGCAGGAGGCGAAGCCCUGAAGCCCCACAGCUGCGGGUUACAAAUUGCAGUCACUGAGGAAAUGGUUCUCAUUAAAGUGAGCUUCAGCCC